AUGGAAUACGUCAAUCUCGGUCACUCGGGUCUCAAAGUCUCACGUAUCAUUCUAGGGUGCAUGUCGUAUGGCACGUCCGACUGGUUCGGCUGGGUGCUGGACGAAGACGAGUCUCUGGCAAUGCUCGAGCAUGCGUAUAAGAAAGGCAUCAAUACCUGGGAUACUGCCGAUGUGUACAGCAUGGGAAAGUCAGAAGAGAUUGUGGGCAAGGCGCUGAAGAAGUUCAAUAUCCCGCGCAGCCGUGUCGUGAUCUUGAGCAAGUGCUACUUUGGUGUGACAGAUGACGGAUCGCUGCCACCUAUCUCGAAGCUGAGCAAGAACGAUGGUGAGCUAGUGAAUCGUGUAGGUCUCUCGCGCAAGCACAUUUUUGAUGCUGUCGAAGCGAGUGUCGAGCGUCUCGGCACGUAUAUUGAUGUCCUGCAAAUCCACCGCUUGGACCGUGAGACACCGGCGGAAGAGAUUAUGCGUGCCCUUAAUGAUGUGAUCGAAAAGGGCUGGGUGCGUUAUAUCGGUGCUAGCUCUAUGGCCGCAUGGGAGUUCCAAAAACUGCAGAACAUUGCGGAAAAGAACGGCUGGCACAAGUUCAUUUCAAUGCAGAACUACUACAACUUACUGUACCGUGAGGAAGAGAGGGAGAUGAUCCCGUACUGCGAGGAGGCCGGUGUGAGCAUUAUCCCAUGGUCUCCUGUGGCUCGCGGUGUCCUUACCAGGCCUUGGGACGAUCGUUCGUCGAAACGUGACGAGACAGACUUGGUUCUCAAGUCGCUAAUUCGGUCUAGGGAGACAGAGGCGGAUCAUGUCAUUGUCGAUCGCGUUCAGUCACUGGCGCAGAAGAAGGGUGUGUCUAUGGCGCAGAUUGCUAUCGCUUGGAGUCUGAAGAAGGGCGCUUGCCCUAUCGUUGGUCUCAACAAGAAGGAACGCAUCGAUGAGGCGGUGAAGGCCGUCAAGGUUCAGCUUACCGAAGAGGAAAUCCAGUACUUGGAGGAGCCGUACCAACCGAAGCCAAUUGUAGGCCACUAA